AUGCGCUCAUUAGCUUACCUCCUAGCCACAUCCUGCCUCGCCCAGGCGCGCAAGAACAAGUACAUCGUGCCAGGCGCGACGUGGUACGACACCGACGGCGCAGUCUUGAGCGCGCACGCGGGCGGGAUUGUACAGACCAACGGUACCUGGUACUGGUUUGGCCAGGACGAGCGCGAGGAAGACAAGAACCUGUUCUCGGGCCUCAAUGUUUACUCCUCCUCCGACCUCCUCAACUGGAAGAACGAGGGACGCGCCCUCAGCCCCGUCAACGGCACCGAUAUCGACGCCUCCCGCGUUGCCGAGCGUCCCAAGGUCGUGUUCAGCGAGGAGACGCAGGAGUGGAUCCUGUGGUUUCACUCGGAUAACUCUAGCUAUGGGCUGCUGCAGCAGGGGAUUGCGACGAGUCCCAAUAUCACUGGUCCAUAUACCUUCCAGCGCGCUUUCAACCCGCUUGGUGGGACAAGCCAGGACUUUGGGCUUUUCCAGGAUGUCGAUGGCCAGACCUACGCCCUGUACAGCAACGGCGACGCUACCGAGGCCCACGACAACAUCAUCGCCCGCAUGAACUCUAACUUCACCGAUGUUGAGGAAGUCGUGUAUACUUUCCCUGACUUCGACCUGGAAGCGCCUGCCAUAAUUUACACCGGCACCCACUACUACAUCCUCAUGUCGCACAAGUCGGGGUAUCGGUCGAACAACGUCGUGGUCUUCUCCGCGGAGAAGAUCGCGGGCCCGUGGUCGAUUCAGAGUUUCAUCGCGCCACUCGGCACCCGUACCUUUAACUCGCAGAGCACCAUGGGGAUCACCGUCGACGGCUCUUCUACCACUACGCAUCUUUACUGCGGCGACCAGUGGGCGACCGCGAAGACGCUCUACGAUAGUCGGUACAUGUGGCUCCCCGCAACCAUCGACGAGUCAAUAAGCUCCUUCACCAUCGACUGGCACGACCUGUACUCUAUUGACACCCAGACCGGCAAAGUCACCUACCCGGAAGGCACGGUGUACGAAGCAGAGGACGGAGUGCUGAGUGGCUCGGCAUAUGUGACGACUUGUGUGAUCGACGCCAACUCCUCAGUCACCUUCACGGGCAUUACAGGCACAGGAAACCCGCAAUGGGUCUCGGUCUACUACCACAAUCCCGAUGGUCUAUGUAAGCUUUCCCCUUUGAUCACUCCCAUCCCGAAUUCUCUCGAUCUCUCGCGCUUCCUUGCAUCAUUUGAUUUGACACCACAUCCGCAGGGGGCGACAACCGCUCCGGUACUGGCCAAAUAUUCAUACUGUGGCGCAACGCGACCGUUUCGGUGA